UCAAUAGACAGCUAGUUGUAUGAUUGCAGAGGGGUGCAGAGUUGAAAUUGUUGCUAACUUCCAAUAAUAUAUAGCAUGUUUGGUACAUAGUGAAAUUAUGGACAAAGUGAUGGACAAUUUGGAAGUAAAGGGAAUACUUUGGCUUCCCAUACCUCUCACUUGUCUAUAUAAGUAAAUUAGCUUAUGUUCAAGAAAAUAUCCCUUUUCAGUAUAUUACUCAACAUGGCAAAUCAUAUUGCCUUGUGUAUUUGGUUGCUUUCUAUAAUUCAAUUGGCAAAGUCAGAAACUUAUAUCAUUCAUAUGGAUUUGUCAGCCAUGCCAAAAGCUUUUUCUAGCCAUCAUAAUUGGUACUUGACUACACUUUCUUCUGUAUCAGAUAGCAAAGACUUCUUGUCCUCUAAACUAGUUUAUACUUAUAGUAAUGCCAUCAAUGGCUUCAGUGCAAGUCUUUCUCCUUUUGAGAUGGAAGCUAUUAAGAACUCUCCCGGCUAUGUUUCUUCGAUUAAGGAUAUGUCGGUUAAAGUUGACACAACUCACACAUCUCAAUUCCUUGGCCUUAACUCUGAGUCUGGUGUAUGGCCAAAGUCUGAUUAUGGCAAAGAUGUCAUAGUUGGAUUAGUUGACACUGGGAUAUGGCCAGAGAGUAGAAGUUAUAGUGAUGAUGGGAUGAAUGAAGUACCAUCAAGAUGGAAAGGAGAAUGUGAAAGUGGAACUCAGUUCAAUUCUUCUUUGUGCAAUAAGAAACUCAUUGGCGCUCGUUACUUCAAUAAAGGCCUACUUGCUAACAACCCGAAUCUUACCAUUUCGAUGGAUUCUUCUCGUGAUACGGAUGGACAUGGGACUCAUACUUCUUCCACGGCUGCUGGAAGUCGUGUAGAGGGUGCAUCUUUUUUUGGCUAUGCCACUGGAACUGCUACAGGUGUAGCACCAAAGGCUCAUGUGGCCAUGUACAAGGCUCUAUGGGAAGAAGGUGUAUUCUUGUCUGAUAUUCUUGCAGCAAUUGAUCAAGCAAUUGAAGAUGGUGUAGAUGUAUUGUCGUUGUCAUUAGGCAUUGACGCGCUUCCAUUAUACGAAGAUCCUGUUGCAAUUGCUGCAUUUGCUGCACUGGAGAAAGGCAUAUUUGUUUCCACCUCUGCAGGAAAUGAAGGGCCUUUUCUGGAAACUUUGCACAAUGGUACACCUUGGGUGCUCACUGUUGCUGCUGGCACAGUUGACCGCGAGUUUAUUGGCACACUAACACUUGGAAAUGGAGUUUCGGUCACUGGCUUAUCGCUCUACCCGGGGAAUUCUAGUUCAAGUGAAACCUCCAUUAGCUAUGUUGAUUGCCAAGAUGAUAAGGAACUGCAGAAAAAUGCACACAAAAUAGUGGUCUGCAUUGACAAGAAUGAUUCAGUUAGUGAGGACGUCUACAGUGUAAGAAAUUCAAAAGUUUCUGGUGCAGUCUUCAUAACUAAUUCAACUGACUUGGAAUUCUAUCUCCAAAGUGAAUUUCCUGCAGUGUUUUUGAACAUUCAAGAGGGUGAUAAAGUUCUUGAGUACGUUAGGAGGGACUCUGCACCUAACGCAAAGCUUGAAUUCCAAGUGACGCGUAUUGGUGCUAAACCAGCACCAAAAGUUGCUAGCUAUAGCUCAAGAGGACCAUCACCAAGCUGUCCUAUAAUUCUAAAGCCCGACCUUAUGGGUCCUGGUGCCUUAAUACUUGCUUCAUGGCCACAACAAACACCAGUAACUGAAGUUACCUCAGGAAAACUUUAUAGUAACUUCAACAUUAUAUCAGGCACAUCAAUGUCUUGUCCACAUGCUUCUGGUGUAGCAGCACUUCUAAAAAGUGCACACCCUGAAUGGAGCCCUGCGGCUAUCCGAUCCGCCAUGAUGACCACAGCCUAUGUAUUGGACAACACACAAAGCCCCAUCCAAGACAUAGGUUUGAAGAAUGGUGUUGCUACUCCUCUAGCUAUGGGAGCUGGCCAUAUCGAUCCAAACAAGGCGUUGGAUCCCGGACUCAUCUAUGAUGCAACACCACAAGAUUAUGUUAAUCUCCUUUGUGCUUUGAACUUCACAUCCAAACAAAUACAAACCAUCACAAGAUCCUCAACUUACACUUGCUCCAACCCAUCAUUAGACUUGAACUAUCCAUCUUUCAUUGGUUAUUUCAACCGGAACAGCAGCGAUUCGGAUCCUAAAAGGAUUCAAGAAUUCAAAAGAACAGUGACUAACUUACAAGAUGGUACAUCAGUAUACACAGCAACGAUCACUCCAAUGGGUAAAUUUAAAGUUAGUGUUGUACCUAAUAAGUUGAUUUUCAAAGAAAAGUAUGAAAAGCAAAGCUACAAACUAAGAAUAGAAGGUCCAAUAAUUAUGGAUGAUAUUGUGGUUGAUGGUUCAUUGAGCUGGAUGGAAACUAGAGGAAAAUACAUAGUCAAAAGUCCAAUUGUUGCAACAAGUAUAAGAGUGGAUCCUUUGAGAGGACAUAACUGAUUUAGUGAAAUAAU